UGACACGUGUGUGUGAGUUGAAGGCGUGUGUGUAAAUGAUAAGGUUACUGUAAAUCAGUGCAUUGGGGUGUUAUUGUCAUCGACGGUGUGAUUUUGACCUAACAUCGCCCAGGGGUUCAAACAAGUUGCCUCUCUCUCUUUUGCCUCUCUGCCGAGCAUAUAAACUUUGAAUUUUAUUUAGAUACUGUCAUUCUAUAUCUUGUUGUCUGUUCCAACAGGUUUGGAAAACAUAUGAUUCAGAGGACCUGGAACUGAUCCAGGGGUUCCCGCAGACAGGACUUGGACUACUUCUACCACUCCAUAGCUUUCACUUUCACCCGCACACACUUUCCAAUUGGAUACCACCUGUUUUUUGAUCAACAGUUGCCUCCUUGAAAAACCUUCGCCAAUCAUCUCCUUCGCUUCAAGUUCUUUACAUUUUGGAAACGCUCUUUUGGAUUGUGAGUUCAGCAUUAGAACAUUUUGAGAAACAAUUUUGGUAUCGGAUCCAUCAAAUGAUGAUGGCUCAACUUGCGGAUUAUUGCCAGGAGGAUUCAAUGCUUUUCUCGGACAUGUACCAUGACCACGUCUCCGGCAUGACGGGAGAGUUCCCCACGCCCAAAGCCUUCCGAGUUGGGUCGUACAGCGGAAGCGAUUGCGAACGAAAAUUUCAGACCUUCCCUACCCCGCCUGACUCCCCGGUUCUCGCCGAGCUUACACCGCCCAACACACAAUCGGCCAAGCAACAAGGCUCGCAGCCAGUGAAUGGGUUUGCGCACGCACGGUACUUACUAAACGAGGAUUGCUCAGUUUCUAGCAGCAGUUCCCCGGCAACGCAGCCCGCUGAAAUGGACCUUACAAUGCUCAUGGAAGACCUUCUUCACGGUAACAUGACGGACCACUUCAGCCACCAGCUCUGUGAUAAUCAGUACCAUUCGAACGUCGGUCUUGGCGGCAAUGAUGGACUCCACAAAUCAGAUUUCUUGGAUAACCUCACCCAGUUCUCACCCAACUCUCCUAUCAACCUCUCUACAUCCAUGUUCACAUCCUCGUUCAGUGAAAGUCUAGACGAUUGCACGAUCCCAAGCCCGUCGCCGUCACCGAUCACCGUUUGCGACAUUGACAUCUUCGCCGGCGAUCUUCCCAACCUCGACGAUCUGACACUCGUUAGCGAGUUCGCACAAAUGGAGUCGGCACACAACCCGCGGUCUCAGCGUGGGGCUUUCGGCAUGGGCUCUUCAGGAGAAGAUUCAGACAUCGACAGUGUCGUGUCCGGUUACUCUCCACCUAUCGAUGAGCUCCAACAAUCAACCUACCACACUCUAUCGUCCUCCGUUAUGUCGCAUCCACCACCGCUCUACCACGAACACCACCACAACAUACAACAGUACCACCAGUACCGCCAUCAUGCACACCAUCAAUCGCAGACACCGUACCCACAACACCACAGCUUCGCAGCCGCCUCGGCACCCAACGGCAGAACGCACAACUACCAGUGCCGCGUGCAGCACACGACGCUCAAGAUGCUGGAUACGCACGCGGACGGAGUGGUGACGCAGGAGAUGUCUGCGCAGCAGGGAAGCUGCGCUGGACCAAUCAGAAAGCCGUUCCGCGCGCGACCCCGUAAGCAGUCUGUGACGUCGAGUGAUGAUGGUGGCAGCGACGAAGAGCACGUGGUCACGACAACAACCGCUUCAAGCGGGAGCACUGGAUCAUCACCCAACAGAAAUAGAGGGCGAGGUAGGCGAGAAGCCAUGAAGGGAAACCACUUGUGGGAGUUCAUCCGGGACCUUCUCAAGUCCGAAUCCUACUGCCCGAAGUUUAUCCGAUGGGAGGAUCGGGAAGCCGGAGUUUUCCGAUUCGUCAACUCGGAAGCGGUCGCCAACAUGUGGGGACGCAAGAAAAACAACCCGCAGAUGACCUAUGAGAAGCUUAGCCGUGCCAUGAGGUACUAUUACAAGCGCGAGAUCCUGGAGCGAGUCGACGGGAGGCGGCUGGUCUACAAGUUUGGCAAGAACGCUGAAGGCUGGAAGGAAGCCGCAGGAUUACAAUGAAGAGAAACUUAUACACAAUACCAUUCAUUUUGAAUGGCAGAAAAGACGCUAAUCACGUUCGCCAUCUUGACUUUGAAGUAACAUUGAACAAGGGGUGACGUCAUAGAAUGGGCGAUAGGAUAUCCAGCGAGAGGUUGCAAUCGACGAGGAAAUCGCGUGGCGUACACGUUUCUGCAGUUUACGGCGAGUUGCAAACAUAUUUAUUUAUUGUACAGUCAGUGCAAUUGAAGCGUGUUUAUUUCAUGAAGGGAAUACUUUUCAUUGGCUAACCGUGGCACUUCACGGAGGAAUGAACCAAUCAGCGUUCUUCUACUUCAACGCGAUGAAAUUUGUGAAAUGCAGCUCUUUUGCAGAGACCAGCUGUGUGACACUUUAUAAUUUCUAUAUAACUUUAACACAGCAAUAUGUCCGAUAAAGGAUCUUAAUUUUAUGCUCCAAAAAGGGAUGAAAAGGAAUGUGUAGGACGAUAUAGGAUGAGAAUAUAAUUUUUCAGGAUGCUAAAUUCCUAGAAUAAUGUAUUGUCGUAUUCCUAAAAGAAUGAAAGACAUAGUUGCGGUUUCGAUCCUAUAUCGGUUUCGAUCCUAUAUCUAUGAACAAGGUUUGUUCCCACAUGGUUCUGAAUGGCAUACACCAAAAUGAAUGAAAGAACUCAGUUAUGUCCUAUUCUUUAGAUAUUCAAAGCCAUUUAUGAUUAUGUCCAUAAGUUCAUUUUGUAAUUUUUUAUAAUGCCAUAUUUCAUAUGUGAUUGUGUGGAACUACAAAUUGCCUUACAUUGUUAAAACAAGUGCCUUAUUACCAAAGUCUGUUAACAAUCAGUUAAAGUUUUAAACGGAAAAGGAAUGGAAAUUGCAGCUUUUGUGGAACUCUGUCUUCUCAUAUUAAAUUUAUUUUGUUAUCGUAUCAAGAAAAGAAGUAAUUUUAAACGUACGUCAAAGAUUUCGAAACAGUCUUCCAUUUGUUUACUCUAUAUAAACUUUUCUUCCAAUUCAUUCCAAUUCAAAUAGUUCAAUCAAUAUAUUUGAAUAAAUGUUUAUUAUCUUAAGCAUUUUAACGACGGUCUUCCAUUUUGUACUUCAUAAAUGCUACUGUACAUUUCAUUUUUCCAAAUUGUUUUUGAACAUUCCUCGAUGAGAAAAAAUGUUAUCAUAUUUACACUGCGAUGUUCUUGACGUUCCAUCCAUAUAACAACGUAAUAUCUAUACACCUUGAGCAUGAUUUUAUAUCCACCGAAAAGGGAUACCAGUCUUAGUCCAGAAACUGUUUAAUCUUUAAAAAUCGAUAUAGCUGUAAUGGAAAAUUCGUUAUAGCAUAAGCCGAGCUAGAUCAUUUUUACUUCACUGCUCACCCUAUGUAAAAUAUUAUUUAAAUUAUGUUGAGAAGAAACCACUAUUUGUAUUUUCUGUUAACAAUUAUUUGUAAACACAUUGUUAAAGUCAUGUCGUAACGUAUUUUGGAUUUUGUUUUCACAAUUUUAAACGUAAAAUGAAUUUUUUUUCCUGCUGUAAAAUAGCUAUAAUAUUGUCACAAUCAAAUAAAAAGGAAUUCUCCUUAUUUGCACGCUUGUAUAAGUGCAGCACCAGGUUAAUACCACCAACCAUGCAAGAAUAAAAAUCAUUCACGUUUAAAUGUAGGAGUACUCUAUAUUAGAAGUCACCAUUCGUACUACUUUGUAAGUCAUUUGAUAUCAAUACUUGGAACACAAUUUGUACUAGUUACCGUGUCGCUGUGUUUUAUAUAUUAUGCGACCAUCCCAUUCUGUAUCAGUGCCUUUAAAUCAGUAACUUACUGUUGGCGAUAUAUAUACUUUUUACGAGUAAAAGAACUUAAAGUACUACUUUUUACACAUUACUUUGUGUCUUACUAUUCGUGCAGAUAUAUUCCAAUUUGUGCUUUUGCUACAAUAUUUUGGAACUGAAGUUUUUUGGCAAGAGCUUGGAACAAAUGUUGCUCUAUGAAGACAACCAUGCACAACAUUGUAAAUAGUGUAAUAGCAAUUUACUGCAAUUUAGUGCCUUAGUCUUUUUACUUCAAACAACAAUUGAUUGUUUCUUUUAUCGUAUUGUGUUGUUUGUAUACAGUACAAAUUGUACACUCCAGCAUUACGCCACAAUAAUGGUGUUAUUUUUAUUUUGUAUCUUGCAAAUACAAUGUGUUAUGUCUUUUGUAUCCAUACAUGUUCAUAUGGUACCAUGUCUAUGAAGAUGUGCUACUUCUACGUUCAAUCAUUUUUACCGUGCCACUGUACAGCUUUAGCCCCCGCGGGCGGGGAGUAAAACGCACUGUUGAUAAUUUAAAAGAUAUUUGUGAAAUGUUACCUGUAAUUGUUUCUUUUAAACAAGUUUAGUCUAUAAUGUCUCGUUCCUUUUCAAAUCUUCUCGCAGAGAAUACUCUAUCUAUUUCUUCUUUCUGUUUUAUCUUAAAACACACGUUGGUUAAUCACCAGCUUUACGUACAGAACGAACAUCCACAUUCCAAGCUUUCGAUACUACGCUACUCUCCUCUAUUGUCAAUCUUUUCAUAUAUUUCCUUUGUCAAAUUUUCUACUUUCUUUUCAGUGAUGUGUCUUUCGUUAGCCGUGUCUUCUCGUGUUUUUUGUAUAAUCAUUUUCUUUCAUCAUACUUGAUUUUCUGUAGAUUGAGAUCAUGCCAAAACAUUCUUCCGUUCCGUUCUGUGUUUAUUUGUAUUUAUAUGAGAAUACUUCGAUCUAAUAAAGAAUCACAUUGUGUAACAAGGGA